AUGGAAGUCGGAUUCCUCAACAAUAACAAAACGAAGCAUUCACUCCGAUGCGGCAUGCCUAUUCGAUCCGCUUGGGUUGGUCAGACCGGACCGGACUUGGGUUCAUCCAGAAUCUCUGGAAACUCAAGUGCGGCGGGGAUGACCCUUUGGAUGGUUCGAUUCAAGAAAUCUGGAAGGAAUACAAGCAAAAUCUGCAAUGACUGCAUUUCCGUACCCCAUCUCCGUUGCGUUGCCUCAGAUGGAACCAUCACAAUUCGAUUGAUCACCUCAAAGUCACGAGUAGCUCCACUGGAGAAUACUGAGCAGAAGAAGAAGAAAAUGACCAUACCCGAGCUGUCAGGUGCUCUCUUGCUAAGUCACAUCUACGAGAAGUUUGUCCAAUGGCUUUCACAGGACCAACGGUUCUGGCCACAAGCAAGCAAAAGGCCUGGCGAAGAAGUUGAUCCUGCACAGUUCGAAGAACGGUCGACGCCUGCGUUCCCUACGCAGGGAACUCCACCAAAUAAGGUAUUCGUGCUACGAUCAUCAUACCUGGAGCUUCAACGUAUCGUGGCAUGGUUCCUUCGCUUCAAGUUCAACGCUCUGUCUCCGGAUCGGCUAGCGAGGCGUAGUGGACCACUAUCGCACGAAGAACUAGAACAAGCACUGCUAGUUUUAGUUCGCCUAGCCCAACAAGACUGUUUCCCGGAAGAAGUCCAUGAUCUCGAGAACCACGGAGAGGUCAAACCAUCUUCCAGAAUAAAAUCGCUCAAUCCACAGCUAACAGCGGGUGUACUUCGCGUUGGUGGUCGUCUUUCCAAUGCACCUGUGUCAGAGAAUCGCAAACAUCCUGUAAUCCUAGACCAUCGCCAUCCAUUAGCUAUUGCUAUCGCAAGACACUACCACAACACGUACUACCAUGCGGGACAACAGUUGCUCAUCUCAAGUAUUCGUGCGAAGUUCUGGCCAACCAACGCUCACAGUUUGGCUAGGAUGGUUAUUCACGAGUGCGGUGUAUGCUUCAGAAGAAAACCAAAGGUCGUCGAGCAGCUUAUGGCGGAUCUUCCGGUUGAGCGUGUUACUCCGUCGGCACCAUUUUUGAAGGUUGGAAUGGACUACUGUGGUCCGUUCUUAACCAGUCCCGUGAAAUGCUAUGUAGCGCUAUUCGUGUGCCUCGCUGUAAAAGCAAUCCACCUGGAGCUCGUAGCAGAUUUGACUACUCAAGCAUUAACCGCUGCAUUCAGACGAUUUGUCGCUCGUCGUGGCAAGCCUCAACUCGUGAUGUGCGAUAACGCAACAACCUUCGUGGGAGCGAAUCGUGAGCUAAAAGAGCUGUUCCGAAAACUUAAUGAACAACAAUUUCAAGACGCAGUUGUUAGAGAAGCACCGAACAACGACAUCGAGUUCCACUUCAUCCCACCUCGCACACCUAACUUUGGCGGAAACACCUUUGAAUUUCCCUAA